AUGAUAACUCUAAAACAUAUUGAAAGGACAUUUGAGAGAUUUGAUUAUUAAAAAAAUUCAGUUCUUACAGGAUAGGAGAUUCAAUAAAAAAUGAAUAAGAUGAUUGGUAAUUAAGAUAUGGAUAGUGAUGUUCUUAAUGAGAUUUUAGCAUAAUGCUAAAAAACAAUAAAUAAAAAUUAUGAGUAAAUUUAUCGAAUGCAAGAUUUGGCAUAAACAAUUUAUAGUGCAAUAAUAAUUUUGAGAAACAAAUUAGAAAAAAUAAAGUCAGAUAUCAAUACAUUAGAAGAAAAUUAUGAAAGAAAAUAAUAAUAAAUAUAAGCAACUUGUAAAAAUAAAAUUUAAUAUUAAAGCAAAUAGGAGUGAAAUAAAAUAUGUUUAUCUUAUGAUUAAUAGUGCAAAUAAUAUAUCAAAAAAGAUUUAAUAUUCUGAUUGUUAUUUGUAAGUAUCAUUAGGUACUUAAUCGUAGAGAUUAAAACCUAUUGAACAUUUUGACAUGAUAAAUCCUGAGUUUAAUAGAGAAAUUGAAUUGUAUGACUUAUUUUAGAUUAUAAAAUAGUUCGAUUCCAAAUAAUAUGUAUAUAUUGACUAUAUAAUUCUGUACUAAAUAAAGUGAUUCUACAUUGCCUACUUUAUUAGGAUAAGCAUAAAUAUCAAUAAGUUCAUUAGAGGAAUAGCUUAAACCUUUAAAGUUGUAAUUAAAGGACCCAUUAGGAAAAGAAGUAGGAUGUUUUAUAGAUAUGCAAGUCUAACUUAUUCUAAAUAGAGUAAUAUCAAUUCUAAGAUUAGAAUGAAUAUCUCCAAAAUUAAGUUGGAUUAACUAAAGAUAAAAUUAAAUAACUGACAGAAUUAAAUAAACAAGUUACUCUAUAAUAUGAAUUAUUAACAAGACCUUUUAAUUAGAUAGAAAAUAUCAAUAAUUAAAAUGGUUAAUCAAAUAUUUAAUAAGAGAUAAACUUUAAUUUAGAAAAGAAACCAUUUGAAGUUGCUGCAGAUCCUUUAAUAACAUCAAAAAUAGAUAUUAAUUAAACUCAUGCAAAUUCUUAACCUGAAAAUGAAUAUCCAUAAGCACCUAAUGAUUUAGAAUCAGGAAUGACCAUCUUUUCUAUUUAUGGUUUGAUAACUCUUUUUAUAUGUUCAGCAAAACCAUCUUUUUUAGAUUUGCUAAUAUGUUAUGGUUUAUUAUUCACUGUUUUUAUGGAUAGAUUUGAACCUGAACAUGUUAAAUUAGUAGGCUUAGGUUUAAUUGCAUCAAUUAUUUAUGAUAUUCUUUGGUUAUCAUAAUAUCACUCAUGGUGGAAUAGUACAAAUUAUAAUAAUCCUGAAUGGGGAUAAAAUUCUGCAUUACUAUUAAAAAUUGUAUUGGUUCUCACUUACAUCUUAUUUUUCUAUAAAGUAAUUAAUUUAUUUAAUAUUAUAGUUUCUUGUAUUUUAUUACAUAUAUUUAUUUUACAAAGAGACACUUGAUCCAGUUAAAUCCUUUAGUUUUAAAAUUUGGAAUAUAUAAUAUAAAGUAGGAAAAAAUAGAUAACACGUUUUUUGGCAAUGA